AUGGGCGGUGCUUGACGAUUUUCGGGAGGGAACACAUUCUCCCACAUUCAUCAAGCGGUUGAAAACAAAAUACAUAAAAAUGUAGAAAUCUCCAUAGAUUUGAUUCUCUCCGCACCGCAGAUGUCGUGUUCAAGGGAUCGGCUGUUCUAGAAGGUUAUGGAUUCCAGCCUUCCAUGUUUGAUCCUCUUCAUCCUAACCAGUGUGACCACAUGCAUUGGAGAUGAUCACCGGCACAAUGGGACUUGCCAUCGUGACUAUUGCAUCCUUGGAGCUGGGCCUGCCGGACUGCAGAUGGGUUACUUCCUUUCCAAAGCCAAAAGAGAUUACAUUAUCCUGGAGAGAAACUCUGGGCCCGGCAGUUUCUUUCAAAAAUAUCCCCGGCACAGGAAGCUCAUCAGCAUCAAUAAGAUCCACACUGGACGGCAAAACCGAGAGUUUAAUCUCCGCCAUGAUUGGAACUCGUUGUUGAGCGAUAAACCAGAGCUCCUUUUCCGGCAAGUAAGCAGUGAGUUUUACCCGCCGGCUGAUGCCUUCCCACUCUACCUGUCCAUGUUCGAGAGGGAGCUCCGGCUGAGGGUCCAGUAUGGCGUGGAUAUUGGAAGGAUCAGGGCAGUGGUGUCAUCCACCAGAAGAAGUUACAUCCUAACUGAUCAACAUGGAAAGGAGUACACAUGCAGGGUUCUUCUGGUGGCCACCGGUUUGUGGGUUCCUCAGGAGGUAGAAUUUGUUGGUUCUGACCUGGUCGAAGGCUAUGAAUCUAUCUCCACAAACUCAGAGGACUACAAGAACCAGGCUGUACUAAUUCUGGGCAAAGGAAACUCUGCUUUUGAAACAGCCCAGAGCAUCUUAGGACACGCGAGUCGGGUUCACAUGGUCAGUCGCAGCCCGGUCCGACUGGCCUGGCAAACACAUUAUGUUGGAGAUCUCAGGGCUGUGAAUAAUGAACUCAUAGACACAUACCAGCUGAAGUCUCUUGAUGGGUUGGUAGAAGCCAGCCUGGAGCGAAUAGUGAUUGUUCAACAAAAGGAAGAUGGCAGGAGGAAAUCAGGCAAAGCGAAGAAGGGACAGUUAUAUGUGACGAUAAAUAAGUACAUACAAAACCAGUCUGAGAAGAACAAAUCUGAUGUGACAGCUGAAGAACUGCUUGGGUAUCACAUUGACAAUUUCUCCCUGCGGAAACCCUAUGAUCGUGUGAUCCGAUGCCUUGGCUUUCGAUUCAACUUCAGCAUAUUUGACAGCUCUGCCUGUCCACUCAACAGUAAAAAUGCAAAAGGAAGGUUGCCACGGGUGACGGCCUGGUAUGAAGGUCAUGACAUGCCUGGUUUGUUUGUACUGGGCACUGCUGCUCACUCCAGAGACUACCGCACAUCAGCUGGCGGUUUCAUUCAUGGAUUUCGCUACACAGUGCGAGCUGUGCAUCAUUUGCUUGAGCAACGUUACCAUAGAACACCGUGGCCAUCUACAAGACUGUUGACAACGCAGCUACUGUCUGCAAUUUUGAAGCGGGUGGGCGAGGCCUCUGGGCCCUACCAGAUGUUUGAGAUACUGGGAGAUGUGAUAUUGCUGAGAGGCUCUUACUGCCAGUAUGUGGAGGAAUUCCCACUCCAGGCCUUGCCUCAGUUCUCUUCUCUUUCGGGUCAUGAGGUGUCUGAGCAUGGACUGGUGAUUCUAGUGAUGCAGUAUGGAAAAAAGAAGAUUGACUAUUUGGGAGGAGGCAGGGCAGUAACAGACUGGACAAAUGCUUGGAAAUCCAGCUUUCUACACCCGGUUUUAUACUACUAUGACACACUUCCCACUGAGGAAGAAAUGAAGAACCGUCCACAUCGGUGGCCUUUACCAAGGCCUAAGGCAAUUCAUCACAUAGUUGAAGACUUCCUCACUGAGUGGGAUGGCCCCAUAUCUCACAUCCAGCCUUUGCGACGUUUCCUGGAACACUGCGUCAACACUGACCUCAGAGCCUUCUAUGCAGAAUCAUGUUUCCGCUUAUCUCUCACCCACCGCAUGGCUCCCCUGUUUUGUCGCCAAGGAUACUUGAAGCAGCAAGGCAUCGCCCAGAAAAGUAAACUGAUGCAUUUUCAUUCCACUGGGCCUUCGCCUGGUGAACAGCAUGCAGAAACAUCAGCGGCUAAUUCUGCAUUUACGAACUACCUGGCACAAGCUGGAGCCUCCAUGUCUUCAGGUCUCAGACUUGAUUUAUGACUGUUUUGCUACCUAUGAAUCCAGACAACCUGGAUUGUUCCUUUUCUUUACCAGUUUGAAUUUUAAGUUUCUCACUCCUUACAUAAGCUUUAUGUCUGGUAUGCAUACAUAAAGAUAGAUUUACCCCUUUCGGCCAAGGCUAGCAAAAGCCCCAUAGUGUUUUUUUCCUUCUCCGAUAUGGUCGGAAAUCUGUCGGAGCCGACAAUUAUAACUGUUAAAUAGUUCCAAUUGGAAAUCCUAUUGUGUAUAACACUGGUGUCGUCUGUGCCCCAGAAUCUAUGAUUGUGGAAUGGAACGAUACCCAAUCAGGAAGGGAACUAAAAGUAAGGCUGUUGCUGGACUUCCUAAAUGCAGGACCAACUCGCUGUGUCCAGAAAUUAUAUGAGUUGGCAAGGAAUCACCACUGUAAUGUAGCUAGUUACCAGAGAAGCAAACAGAUAGCCUUGCAUCUUCCAAUUGUUUCUUUUUUUCUUCCCCCCCCCCCCCCCCCCCCCC